AUGCGUGAACAUCUUCCGUAUCUUAAGGCCAAAAAGCUAACUAGAGGGCAGUGGUCUUGUAUUAGAAGAAUAAUAGGUCGCCCUCGGCGUUUUAGCUCAACCUUUUUAGAAGAAGAACGUCUUAGUGUUCAAGGAAAACGGAGAAAUUUAAGAUUUUUACAACAAUUUACAGAUAUAGAUGCAGAAACCCCCGAUGUCUCUGAACAUUUAGAAGCUCUUCUCUCCUGUUUGCCCUCGUCCGUCAAUAUCCCUCCUCAACUUCGAGUUGGCAUUAAAGUUUGUGUCAGGUUGUAUAAACCAGUUCGUGGGCUUUAUUCUGGCAUAAUUCAAGAUGUUGAUACACCUCAAGGAAGCUAUGGUGUAUGGGUCGAAAAUGUUAUUUUUUCUGAGUCUUCGAAUUGCAAUGCUAUUGAUCCAAACAGACCAAUUGGUUAUAAGUUAGUUAUGGAAGAAGAAAUUUUCCCCCUUCCUGGCAAUUGUUUGUCUCAAUCAACUCCCCUUUCAGAAAUCCGUAACAGGUUUUCUAUGCGUAGCAUCAUGUCUGACGUAGUGUUUCCAGUGCAUUCUCAACAUGAAUCAAUCAAUGGAUCUCUAAAUGCAAAAGAGGAUGGUUCCGGGGGAAAUCCCAUGAGUAUUAACUACAGUACAGCCUUGGUGUCUAUGCGAUCCAAUUAUGAAUCUGGUUUGUAA